AUGGACGCCCUCUUGAAGCUUGGGCUGCUCGGGCUGCUGCUGAUCGGGCCGUGCGGCGGCGCCAUGGACGAGUGCGCGGAUGAGCAGAGCGGGCGGCCCCAGCGCUGCAUGCCCGAGUUCGUCAACGCAGCUUUCAAUGCCACCGUGGUGGCCACGAACACGUGCGGCAGCCCGGCCGAGGAAUACUGCGUGCAGACCGGCGUCACCGGGGUCACCAAGUCCUGCCACCUGUGCGACGCGUCCCAGCCUCACCUGCAGCACAGCGCUGCCUUCCUCACCGACUACAACAACCAGGCCGACACCACCUGGUGGCAGAGCCAGACCAUGCUGGCCGGCGUCCAGUACCCCAACACUAUUAAUCUGACCCUCCAUCUCGGAAAAGCCUUUGAUAUUACCUAUGUACGCCUAAAGUUCCAUACCAGCCGUCCAGAGAGUUUUGCCAUUUACAAGCGCACUCAGGAAGAUGGUCCAUGGGUGCCCUACCAAUAUUACAGUGGCUCCUGUGAGAAAACAUAUCACAAACCCAAUCGAGGUUUUGUCAAGAGUUGGGAAGAUGAACAGCAGGCUGUUUGUACAGAUGAGUUCAGUGACAUCUCGCCACUCACUGGUGGCAAUGUGGCCUUCUCAACCCUGGAGGGAAGGCCCAGUGCUUAUAACUUUGAUAACAGUCCUGUCUUGCAGGAGUGGGUGACAGCUACAGAUAUCCGAGUAAGCCUCAAUCGCCUGAAUACCUUUGGAGACGAAGUAUUUAAUGACCCUAAGGUUCUCAAAUCCUAUUAUUACGCAAUUUCUGAUUUUGCUGUGGGUGGCCGAUGCAAAUGCAAUGGCCAUGCAAGCGAGUGUGUGAAGAAUGAAUAUGGAAAGCUUGCUUGCAAUUGCAAACACAAUACCUUUGGGGUUGACUGUGAGAAAUGCCUUCCUUUCUACAAUGACCGGCCUUGGCGAAGAGCAACAGCUGAGAGUGCCAAUGAAUGUUUGCGCUGUAGCUGCAAUGGACGAUCACAGGAGUGUUACUUUGAUCCUGAGCUGUACCGAUCCACCGGCCAUGGUGGACACUGCACAGGCUGUUUUGGUAACACUGACGGACCAAAUUGUGAGAGAUGUCGGGAGAACUUCUACCGCCUGGGGAGUGAGGCAGAUUGCCUGCCAUGUAACUGCAGUCCUGUGGGCUCCCUCAGCACACAGUGUGACAAUUAUGGACGCUGCAGUUGUAAACUUGGGGUAAUGGGUGACAAGUGUGAUAGAUGUCAGCCUGGCUUCCAUUCUCUUACAGAAGCUGGAUGCAGACGCUGCUCCUGCAAUCCAGCUGGCAGCACAGAUGAGUGCAAUGUAGAAACAGGGCGUUGCACUUGUAAGGACAAUGUGGAAGGGUUCAACUGUGAAAGAUGUAAGCCUGGCUUUUUUAAUCUGGAUUCUGACAAUCCUAGGGGAUGUAUUCCCUGUUUCUGUUUUGGACAUUCCUCUGUUUGUACCAAUGCCAUUGGAUACAGUACCUCCAAAAUUACCUCCACCUUCCAAACGGGAAAGGAAAACUGGCAUGCAGAACAGAGAGAUGGCUCUGAAAUCUCCAUUCGCUGGAUACCUGAGACUCAAGACAUAUCCGUAAUCUCAGAUACACCUUUCCCCAUCUACUUCAUUGCACCAGGCAAAUUCCUUGGAAAUCAAAUGCUAAGUUACGGGCAAAAUCUGUCAUUCUCUUUUCGGGUCGAUAAGCGGGACACUCGCCUGUCUGCUGAGGACAUAGUCCUUGAAGGUGCUGGACUAAGAGUAUCUAUACCUUUGAUUGCUCAAGGCAACUCCUAUCCCAGCGAGAACAUUCUGAAAUAUUCAUUCAGGCUCCAUGAAGCAACAGAUUACCCCUGGAGGCCUUCUCUCACUCCCUUUGAAUUCCAAAAGUUGCUCCAUAACUUAACAGCUAUCAAGAUUCGUGGGACUUACAGUGAGAGAAGUGCUGGGUAUUUGGAUGAUGUUACUAUCGUGAGCGCUCACCCUGGGUCUGGAACACCAGCAACUUGGGUGGAGAAUUGUGUGUGUCCAGCAGGAUACUUGGGGCAGUUCUGUGAAUUCUGUGCCCAGGGCUACAGAAGGGAGACUCCAAAUCUCGGACCCUAUAGUCCUUGUGUGCCAUGUUUCUGCAAUGGCCACAGUGAAACCUGCAACCCUGAAUCUGGAGCAUGUGACUGCAGAGAUAACACUGCAGGUCCUCACUGUGAGAAGUGCAGUGAUGGUUACUAUGGUGAUGCCACCACAGCCACCUCCUCAGAUUGCCAGCCAUGUCCAUGCCCCGGGGGCUCAAGCUGUGCUGUAGUUCCCAAGACCAAGGAAGUGGUCUGUACCAGUUGUCCAGCUGGAACCACAGGUAAAAGGUGUGAGCUGUGUGAUGAUGGUUAUUUUGGAGACCCUCUUGGCCAAAAUGGCCCCAUCAGGCCCUGCCGCCUCUGCCAAUGCAGUGACAACAUUGAUCCCAAUGCAGUUGGCAAUUGCAACCGCUUGACAGGAGAAUGUUUGAAGUGCAUUUAUAACACAGCUGGUUUCUACUGUGACCGAUGCAAAGAUGGCUUCUUUGGGAAUCCCUUAGCUCAGAAUCCAGAGGAUAAGUGCAAAGCUUGCAAUUGUAAUCCUUACGGCACAGCAAAUUUACAGAGAAGCUGCAAUCAAGUAACAGGCCAGUGUGAAUGCCUUUCACAUGUCACAGAGAGGGACUGCAGCUCCUGCGAACCAGGUUUCUACAACCUGCAAAGUGGGCGUGGCUGUGAAAGAUGUAACUGCCAUCCUCUGGGCUCCACUAAUGGCCACUGUGACAUUCAGACCGGGCAAUGCGAGUGCCAGCCAGGCGUUACCGGCCAGCGUUGUGAGAGGUGUGAAGCCAACCAUUUUGGAUUUGGUCCUGAAGGCUGCAAACCUUGUGACUGUAACCCGGAAGGUUCCCGUUCCCUUCAGUGCAAAGAAGACGGUCAUUGUGAGUGCAGAGAAGGCUUUGUGGGAAUCCGCUGUGACCAGUGUGAAGAAAACUACUUCUACAAUCGAUCCUGGCCUGGUUGUCAAGAAUGUCCUGCAUGUUACAGAUUGGUGAAAGAUAAGGUUGAGGAGCAACGGGGUAGGCUGCGUGAUCUGGAAAAUCUUAUAGCUAACAUAGGUACAGGUGAUGACAUUAUAACUGACCAGGCUUUUGAAGACAGACUGAAAGAAGUUGAAAGAGAAGUCAUGGAUUUACUUCGAGAUGCCCAAAGUGUCAAAGAUGUCGACCAGGGGUUGAUGGAUCGUCUGCAGGAAAUUAACAGAACACUUUCUAGUCAACUUGGUCGGCUGAGGAACAUCCAGAAUACAGUGAAACAGACAGAAAACCUGGCUGAGCUAGCUCAGGGCCAGGUGGAAGACACAGAGGGGCUGAUUGACAGUGCUUCAAAUAUGCUCCACAAGGCAAGGAUGGCUAUUGCCAAUGUGUCUAUCACUCCACCAGAAUCAACCAGUGACCCCAACAACAUGACUGUCCUGGCAGAAGAAGCUCGCCAACUGGCUACACGGCAUAAAGCGGAAGCAGAUAAUAUUGAGAAAAUAGCUAAAGAAGCAAACGAUACAUCAUCACAAGCAUAUAAGCUACUCUUGGACACACUAGCAGGAGAGAAUGAAACAAUGAAUGACAUUGGUGACCUAAAUAGAAAGUAUAACCAAGCAAAGAAUAUUGCACGAGACCUAGAAAAGCAGGCAAAUAAGGUCUCUGCAGAAGCAAAAGAAGCUGGAGAAAAAGCUCUACAAAUCUACGCAAACCUGACCACUCUGCCAUCCAUAGACACUGCAGGGCUAGAGAAUGAGGCAAAGAACAUCAAAGAGGAAGCCCAGGAGUUAGAACUACUCAUUAAAGACAAACUAAAGAAUUAUGAAGAUCUGAGAGAAGACAUGAGACAGAAAGAAUUGGAAGUUCAGAAUCUUUUGGAGAAAGGCAAGACAGAGCAGCAGACUGCUGAUCAGCUUUUGGCUCGAGCAGAUGCUGCCAAAGCUUUGGCCGAAGAAGCUGCCAAGAAGGGAAGCAACACACUCCGGGAAGCCAAUGAGAUCCUCAACAAUUUGAAAGACUUUGAUAAGCGUGUGAAUGAUAACAAGACUGCUGCUGAAGAAGCUCUUAGGAAAAUUCCUGCCAUUACCCAGACCAUUAUGGAUGCAAACAGUAAGACCCGCCAAGCAGAACUGACACUAGGCAAUGCGGCUGCUGAUGCCAGAGAAGCAAAAAACAAAGCCGAUGAUGCUGAGAGAAUUGCUACAUCUGUAAAUAAUAAUGCUAGUGCUACAAAGGAGAUUGCAGACAACACCUUUAAGACUGUUACCGAGUUGGACAAAGAAGUUGAUGACAUGCUAAAGCAAUUGACAGAAGCAGAGAAAGAAUUAAACAAGAAGCAACAAAGUGUUGAUCAAGAUAUGAUGAUGGCAGGAAUGGUAAGUAACUCAGCUCAGGAAGCAGAAGAUAAUGCAAAGAAGGCAAAGAACUCCGUGAACAGUUUGCUGAAUAUGAUUAACGAACUUCUUGAAAAAUUAGCACGAGUGGAACCUGUGGACCAGAGUCAGCUGAGUAUGAUUGAAGAUACUUUAAAUGCUGCAAAAAAUCAGAUGAAGGAUAGUGAUUUGGACCGGAAAGUAUCCGAACUAGAGAAAGCCGCUGAAAAGCAAGCUAGUGCCAUCAAUGAAUAUAACAGGGACAUCAACACCAUUUUGAAAGACAUUGGCAAUCUAGAGGACAUCAAGAAGACCUUGCCAAGUGGCUGUUUCAAUACCCCAUCCAUUGAAAAACCCUAAGGGUGUGCCAAGGGCAGGGGGGGCAUUCCCUCAGUGACUGGUGAAACAGUUUUGGCUGUGGAGUGCCUUAAUUCCUAGAUGAUGUUCUUCAGGACCUUGACCUCAUCUUCCACACAGUUCAGUCGUUCAUUCUUUCCUAGUUGGGGGUUGGGGGGGAAUGCAAGUAUAUGAACUAAAAACAACUUAAUUACCAGCCUUGGGGCAUCAGAAAGAUAUCAAGACAUACACUCUAUACACUACUUUGCUCAAACACUCUACAUUCUUUUUCUCAGAAAUUGUAAUUUACAAUAUGAUGGACUUUGUACUGAGAACUGAAGUGAGGGAGGGCACAAACACAAGCUCUUUUUUUCAUUCCCUUUUCCAUUCCUGUAUCUCCUGCCCUCCUGCAAAUUGUUAAUCGAUGAAGGAAACAGUUUGGCUACCAAAGUAUUAAAUAGCAAUGGCCAGGAUAACCACCCAUUCUGAGAAAUGCAUGUGGGUUUCAGAAUCAGCAUUCUCCCCAAACAAGGAGAAAAGGUUGAGCCUAUUCUUAAACUAGUAGCCACUCAAUGCUUUGGUAGCCAGCUGCCAGCUAUUAAGAACCUUUCUAGUGUGCAAUAUGUAUAUGUGU